GACCCUACAAAGGGCACAAGGGGACAUGGGAAAGAUUUGAGACACUAGUGCUAGAGUUAGCUCCUGUACAGCGUGGAGCUUUAGGGUGUUUAACUAGAAUUAUAUUAAAUACGCAAAUGUAAUAAAGUUUGUUUAAAAUAUAUAUAAUAAAACAUCAAGCUUUUUUAAGCAAUUAGAUACAAAAUGGGGGUUAAUUUAGUUUAGAUAUGACUAGCUAGCUAACGUGCAGUGUUUUCUUUGCUAGGUACGUAGCUUAGGUGUGUGUGUGUGUAUAUAUACACUGUAUAUAAGAAAUGAGGAGAGGGAACUGGAGAGGAAGGAGGAACAGACGCCAUCAUCAUCAUGACAGUUCUGAGUGGAGAAAGAGGAACCAUCCAUCAGAGCCACCUGAAUCAUCAGACAGAAGUUCAGGAUCAGACUCUGCUUCAUCCUCCGGAUCCAGCGCUCCUGCUCCAGAGUUGCCUGGUUUUUACUUCGACCCGGAGAAGAACCGUUACUUCCGUCUGCUGCCGGGCCACAACAACUGCAAUCCUUUAACGAGGGAAUUGCUGGAGAAGAAGGAGCAAGAGAGGAAGAGGACGAUGCUGCUGCUCGAGGACGAGCAGGUGAGGAAGAAAUCUCCACGCACUGGACUCAACUCCACACUGCUGCUGCAGAGGAGACGCCUGGGAGAACUGCACCCCAACUCCUACUGCAGAUUAGUACACGAGGUGAAGGUCAGCGAGAUGAAGCGACGCAAGCUGGAGCUCCAGAGCGUCGACGCCAGCAGCUCCAACGCAGACAACUUCCGCCUGAUCGUGGCGGACUCUGCGUGCGAGCGCGUCUUCACGGUGAACGACGUCUCUCACGGAGGCUGCAAGUACGGCAUCAUGAAGUUCGGCGGCUGCGGGAACGGCUCUCUGUCUGCACAGAUGUGCGAUAACCUGUACUUCACUAACCGCAAGGUGAACUCCGUGUGCUGGUCGUCUGUCACUCAUUCUGACUCUCACGUCCUGUUGUGCUUGGUGGGGAUUUCUCAGACUCCAGGCUGUGUCAGUUUGCUUCCCGCGUCUCUCUUCAACAACUCCAAUCCCGAUCAGCCUGGGAUGCUGUGCAGUUUUAAGAUCUCGACAGCGUGGUCAUGCGCAUGGUGCCUGAACCCCCAGGCUGAUAAAACCUUCAGUACUGGUCUUUCCCGGAGCGUCAUCGUGACUGACGUGGUGACGGGCCGAAGGCAGACGUACAGCACAGGGAGCGACGUAUUGGCCCAGCAGUUCGCUGUCCGAGCCCCGGUGCUGUUCAACGGCUGCCGUUCAGGCGAGAUCUUCAGCAUCGACCUGAGGCAGCGCGGCCGUGGACGUGACCACAGCUGGAAGUCCUCGCGCUUCCAUCAGGACUCGGCCGUUACAUCUAUACGCCUGCUGCAGGACGAGAACUACCUCCUCGCCGCCGACAUGCUCGGAAAGAUUAAGCUGUGGGACGUCCGGGUGAAACGUGCGGCGAUGCAGUACGAAGGCCACCACAACGAGUACGCCUACCUGCCCCUACACCUGUGUGAGCAAGAAGGGCUACUCCUCGCAGUGGGGCAGGACUGCUACACACGUCUGUGGAGUCUUCGAGACGGACAUCUGCUCAGGACCAUCCCGUCCCCUCACCCUGCAGAGAAGGACUCCAUCCCUAACGUGGUGUUCUCCUCACGGCUUGGGGGACGCAGAGGACUUCCCGGCCUCCUCAUGGCCGUCUGCAACAACCUCUAUUACUACCCUUAUGGGGACUUUCAGGACGGGACGUUAUGCGAGACACGGGGUUAAGAUGUUUUACACACACACACACACACACACACGUCGGUUCGAUGUUUGUAGUCACGUGAAAUCAAACUGCUCCUGGUGUCACAUGACUUAUUUGGGACAAUCUGAUUAACGAUUUGUAUUUGAUUAACUUUUUUUUGCAAGUAAAUUUUUUACAAAUAACUUGAAUGUUAAAAGAAAAAGAAUGUUAUUGCCCUUCUUCUUCAGGAAUUAUUCUCUUUCUCAGAUCAGUACAAAUCUAAAUUAAUUGAAUGAAAUUAAAAAAGCAAAUAAUAAUAAAAACAUUAUUUUAAAAA